GAUCCCUGCCUUUGUAGAGUGCCUCUGCACCUCUGCCCAUUGGCCUAUUGUGAGCGCAGACGCUCGCAGCAGGUGAAAGCCCAGAAGGGGAAGAGGGAUAGGAUACUUUCGAUGGGCAGUGGGCCAGCUGUUUCUACAUGUGGGUCAUCGUGCGCAGAGUUGUGUGGAAUCUCGGCCGAGAGACAGUGAGUGACGCACGCAACCGCUGCCUGAUUGAUUGCUUGGCAUCGAGAGGAGGGGCAACCCCUCCUAUGCUCUCAUCACCUGUUGUGUGCGUACGCGGUGAUUGAACAAGCACUAGGACUCUACCAACACCUUCCAGCAUCAAGGGGACGCAAAAGAAACAGGCGCGAUGCGCAAAUCACGGAGUCGACGAGCGCUCGUGUGGGGUGCGCUGGUGGCGCUGGCGGCUGUGCGCGCACCGGCCGACGUGAGCGCAGCAACCACGCUACCUAGCCGGGUCGACGGCGGCCUGGUGCCUGCGGCGCUGCCUGUCAUAAGCUGGCUCGACGAUCGCCUCACGGACCUGCUCAGUGCUGCAUCAUCGUGGCGGAACGAGCGCCGAGCGCCGCAGCCCGAGCCUGUUUCUGGCGAGAGCAAGAUGCUGUCAUUCAGACUGGCCCAGUCGGUGCACAAGGGCGUGUACGACUAUCCGGAGCUCAUCGCGUGGACCCAUCACUCGCGCGCAGCGGGGGCGAGCGAGCCGGAACACAACAUCCACACGGUCAAGCAGGCGGUGACGCGGGCGCGCGACGUGCGGGCAUACCUCGCCGCGCGCGGGCAGAGCCUGGAGCAGGCGCAGUGCGCCACGCGCGAGAUGCUCGACUGGGAGGACGUCGAAGUGGAUGCGCCGGACGUUUCGCACCGGCCAACGCUGCUUGCGCUCGCGACGAUGGCGUCGCAGGCGUACGAGAACCGGACAGACACGUGGCAGGGGUACGGAGGGUUCAACUUGUCCGAGUCGUUCGGCUGGGUCGAGGACGGCAUCCGCGGCCACCUGUUCACCACAGAAGACAACAGCACGGUGGUUGUUGCGAUCAAGGGGACCAGCGCGCAGUUCCUUCCGGGGGGCGGGGACACAGCGAAGCGGGACAAGGCGAACGACAAUCUGUUCUUCUCUUGCUGCUGCGCGCGCGUCUCAUGGACCUGGACGCCGGUGUGCGACUGCUACCAGGGUAAGGGCUCGCGAUGCGGGCAGACGUGCCUGGAGCGCGCGUUGGUCGAGAAGAGCUUCUACUACCAGGCAGCGACGGACCUGUACAACAACGUGUCAUACCUGUACCCGGACUCGCAGAUCUGGAUUACGGGACACAGUCUGGGAGGCGCGCUGUCGAGCCUGAUCGGUAUGACGUUCGGCGUGCCGACGGUGACGUUCGAGGCACCUGGAGAACGCAUGGCGGCGAUGCGCCUGCACCUGCCGCUUCCGCCUGCCAAGGAGCCGGAGGAGAGUCCGGUGUCGGCGCUACCCAUCACGCACGUGUAUCACAAUGCUGACCCGCUGGCAGUCGGCGACUGCGUCGGCCCGCUGUCGCCAUGCGGGCAGUUUGGCUACGCGAUGGAGUCCAAGUGUCAUGCGGGCAAGAGCAUCGUCUAUGACACGGUCGGGCGCCUGGGCUGGUCCAGCUCGCUACUGACGCACCGCAUUGCCACGCUGACCGAUGACCUGCUGACGCAGGACUGGAACGAGCGUGUCAAGAAUGCCGCCAGGCACAUGCCGGCCAGCGCCACGGCGUCGUUCUGGCGCUGGCCAUGGAAGAAGGGCGAGGGGGAUGAGCAGGUCGACGACGACCUGCAGGCCGUGCCGCCGAGGCUGAGCGAGGACAAGUGCAGGGACUGCGCCGACUGGACCUUCUCCGACGAGGCUCUCGAAGACUCGUGAGCGUACUUUGCUCCGGCUUGGAGAGCAGCGGGACUUCUAUUGUACACACGCGACGUGACUGAUGCGCUGCGCGGAAGUGAUUCAUUAUAAUGAUAGUGUGUGAUGCAUCUGUUGUACAUACUAUGCGUUGCAUCGGACUUGUUUGCUUCUGCUUCUGCU